UCUCCCUCCAUCCCUCCCAUUCUCUAAACCCAGAGCGCAGUAGCCAUAAGAAUAGAAAGCCAGACCUUGGAAUAGAAAGUCUGCUCGCCCAAUCCACAAGCAAAAUCCCAUAUCGAGGAGCAGAGGGAGAGGAAGCAAGCAACAAUGGUUGAUCUGGCUGAGUUCCUAUGUUCCUUGUUGUGUUCUCUUGCGUACCUGAGGCUGGCGGUUAGGAAGUACUUUCUCGUCAUGGCUCCCGGCCGGGCAUCCCCCGCCCCCCAUUCGUCGUGGAAGCGGCCCGCCGAGCUGGCCGCCGUGGCCAACAAGAGGUCCAAGGAGUCCUCCGACCUCAGGGCGCGCCCCGUCGAGGAUGUGGUUCCCGGAGGAAGCAAACCGGCAGGGACUUUCGUCGAACAGGUUUCGUCCCUUCCGAAGCAAGAGAGCGUGGAGUGUGAGGAAAAAUCCGGUCACUCGAUGGUAGAAGUUGCGGAGAAGAAGAUGCCAAGGAUGAGAAGAAGACCGGCGAAGAUUGCCAUACCAAAGCCUUCAGCUGAUGCAGCUUUUGGUGUUGCGAAUAAGGAGAAGGAUGGUGUCGAAAGGGAAUUGGCCGUCGAGGGUGGUGCGUACUGUGUGGUCAGCAGGAAAGGACAAAGGCAUAUGAUGGAAGAUGGCUAUGCGGUUAUACCCAACAUCCAUGGAGACUCCAAACAGGCCUUUUUUGGAGUGUUUGAUGGGCAUGGGGGCCGUGCAGCCGUGGACUUUGUCUCUGAGAAGCUUGGGAAGAACAUUGUUGCAGCUCUUGAUGAGCCAGAAAAGGAAGAAAACCAAGCAGCAAUGGCAAUAAAAGCAGGCUAUCUGACCACGGACAGAGACUUCCUAAGUCAGGGUGUUCGCAGUGGAGCAUGUGCGGCCACUGUGUUGCUAAGAGAUGGAGAACUACAUGUGGCUAAUGUGGGCGACUGCAGGGUGGUUAUGAGCAGGAAGGGAGUAGCAGAUGCUCUUACUGAUGACCACCGUGCUGGUAGAGAAGAUGAGCGCAAUCGCAUUGAGAACUCUGGGGGCUACGUGACAUGUCGCAAUGGAAUAUGGAGGGUGAACGACUCUCUAGCUGUGUCAAGAGCAAUUGGCGACCUGAACAUGAAGGAAUGGAUCGUUUCCGAGCCCGAAACAAAGAGUCUCCAGCUAACUCCAGACUGUGAGUUCUUAAUACUGGGCUCAGAUGGAUUGUGGGAUAAGGUCGGAAACCAGGAGGCAGUUGAUGUCGUCUCGAGGCAAAGCAACGCCGUGAAGUCAUGCAGAGACCUCAUAGAGGUCUCCUGCAGGAGGGGCAACCGAGAUGACAUUACAGUCAUGGUGAUAGACCUCCAGAAAUUUAUACAGCUGCGUGGGUCGUGAAACUUCCUCAUGGAUUCAAUCUUGAGGUAACAGAUGACAUGCAGCAUAUGAUCGGCGAUACGCUCACUCCAAAGAACGCAUCGCAUCUUCGUAAAUACUGAGAUCAAGAUGCCAUGCUCGAUGGAGGCCAAUUAAUCUUCAUGCGGAGGAAGAUGAUGGAUAGAGGAGAAGAAGAAGAAAGUGGUAGAGAGAGCCAAUACCUGUAAAUACACACAUUUUUUGUCUCGAUUUCUAGCAAUGUCAAGUUCUUGUGAGCAUAGUGAAUUCAGUUUUAAUUGAAGAUUUAAAUUAAAGAUUUAAAUUUUUUAAAAA